UUCACAGUAGAUAGCGCUAUUUAUGCACGUUUGUUUCAGAUUACUUGUCGGACUUACAAUCACGCAUUUCUGCUACUGCUCUUUAUAUAACUUAUGCGUUUCAAACAUACUCAGAUAUGCAAAAAGCUUGUAGAUUUUCAAUUCUUGUUGAGAAAAUUCAUAAACAAACGUUAAAAGAUUCGCAUAUGGACAGCUGUUUUAGUAUAAUAACAAUUGAAAAACAGACAAAAUUUCAGUGACGGCACAACAACCAUUAACACUACUCCAUCGCAAUAUUUCAUAGAAAAACAAAAGUAUUUUUGUCUGAGUUUUAGAGCCCUUAUCAGCCGAUAUCACGUAAAGGAUUUGUUUAGAUAUUGGAUUUCAUGUCUCCUUUGCAAACCCUCUUCUCACGAAAUGAGAGCUGUCACGCGAAUAAAUCGAUAAACAUCUCUUUUUUUCGCGGGAAAAUAACAGGAUAAAUAAAAUCACUGUGAUAACAAAGAAGUAGAAUAAAGUUGAGAAAGUGUAUCCUUCAACGCGACAUUAAGCGAAUAUAGUUCAUGACUGUUCAACGUAAGUGGCAAUAUAUUUUUAACUUUACCUCCCCAGUUUUACGUAGUAAUGAUUGCUUACAUUAAGACUAUAUUACUAAAGUUCGAGGUGUUGAAAUGAUACACAAACAAUUCAGUGAUUGCAGCCUUUCUUCAGAAAUAAGAGAAAAAGGAAUGUCAGUUCCUCCAUCCAUUCCUGUAAUAAUUGAUUUGAGUACUUCUUCCUGUGAUGCUUGUAUUCCGUAACCCUCGUCCUACGAAACGAUUCGGCUAAUUUUUUCAUUUCCACGAAACAAAACAGUCCGAUAUCCGGAUGAUAGUAGGGCAAUGUGGGCAUGAAAAUGACUGCAUACCUAAUGCUCUUAAUUCCAAGAGCAAAGAGGGUAUAGUAGAUAAAUUUAGAAUGGAAAGCUGUGAACAGAAGGUAUUCAAAUCGUCAAGAUGUCUAACCGAGACCUGUCAAAUAAAAAUUAACGAAUCGGUAGCGGGAGAGAUUAAAUCAGCAAGUUGUUCAAAUGCUUUUUUUAUUGCGUCACACGUUACUUUACGUGCUGCCGAACUUUCGAAAAUUUACAUAUGCAAACGAUUUUACAAAUUGGCUCGAGCAAAGCGCGUGAUUACUCAUCCGUGAUCCCACUUAAGGCGCUCUCAUACCACACAUAAGCCAUCAGAUAAUUUUUAACCGCCUGCUAUGCUGACUAUUUCUGUUAUUUUCUGUUGAUUUGUGCAUUGAUGUCCGGUUGGGCUGCACAUCCUCCGUUUCACGAAAAAGGGAGGAAGUUGGACUGUCAAGCAGCUCUGUUUAUUCCUAAACAACUGAUUGAUAGUUGUGACAAACUUAAAUGGUCCUGUGCACAACAAUACAAUGGAAAGCAUUCUCAAAAACUUGAAGUCUUCAAUUACCUGUCCUCAGUGUUCCGACUCGUUCAACGACCCUCGAUUGUCACCUUGUUUGCACAGCUUUUGCCGCAAAUGCUUGGAGCAAUUGUGGAGCCAGCAUUCAUCCAAACGUUCUUUCCGAUGUCCAGUCUGCGAGACCGAAGAGACUGUACCGGCUGAAAGCCAAGAGUUUGAAAUAUCCGAGUCGCCAUCGGAUUUUCAUCUCAAUAGGCUCCUAGACCUGAAUACGCUUAAGAAGUUGAAAGAUCAGCCCGGUGAGUGUCACAACUGUUAUGAAACAACCGCGCUGGAAACGUUCUGUUUCGACUGUGAUGCGUAUCUUUGCCUCGCAUGUACGAACGCGCACACCCAGAUGACGAUGAAGAAAAAGCAUCGGGAGCGAAAGCUACGCGAGUUCCGCAGCGCCGACUUCGAAAGAUUCUACAAGCGACCGAUUUAUUGUGAACACGAAAGAAAGGAUCUGGAGGGUAUAGAGUUUUAUUGCCCGGAAUGUAACAGCUACAUGUGCGGUCUCUGUAACAUUAUCGACGAGGAAUACCAUUCCACACGCGAUAUUCAAGAGAUAGCCGACAGAAGCAGUGUGGAAAUCAGCGAGAAGGCCGCCAUCGUUCGUGGUAAAUGCCGCGAGAUUCAAACGGGAAUUCACAACACGGAAAAACGCAUGGACGAAAUCGAUAGGUGCGUGGCCGAGCUGAAGAAUGAGGUGAAUGCAAAAGUUGCUAAUCUGGUGAAAGUUCUCAACAGUCACGGUGAAGAAAUGAUUCAGCUGUUAGAGGAUAUCCGUAUGAAAAAGAAAGAAAAACUUCUGAUGCAGAAGCGAAAUUUCGAGAGGCUUAGCAGUCAAACGACAAGCUCUCUUGAGUUUGUUGAUUCUCUUCUGGGUCGAGAAUUCGCAGCGGAGGUUAUGAUGCUGAGAGAUCGCGUGAUUUCCCGACUGGAGACAUUGAGUGAUUUAAUUGUCGACACGCGACCAGUGGAAGGGGCAGCCUUGGCGUACAUUCCCAACCCGUCGCUAGUUAGCAUUCAGGAGUCUGCGUCCUUCGGAAACAUUGUCACCGGCAAAGCUGAUCCACUUUCCUGUUUUGCAGAUGGCGAAGGGCUGAGGACCGCUUUCGUCGGAGAAGAAUCGUGUUUUGUGGUAACGACUCGCGAUUUAAACGGCGAUGAAUGCUACAGUCUGGCAGACCAUGUCACAGUUCACGCCACGUCUAACAACGGAGACGUCAUUGAAGCUAAAGUAAAAGACACGGAGAGCGGAUUAUACGAAGUCACGUAUGUUCCUAAGAUAGAGGGCCUUUACUCCUUGUCUGUUAAAGUGGGAGACCAGCAUAUACAAGAGAGUCCAUUUGAGGUUAAUAUUAAGCCUCCAGUCAUGCAGCCUUGCAAGUCGUUUGGAUCCGUCCCUGGUGCAAAUGGCCUUUAUACCCAGCCACAUGGAUUAGCCAUAAGUAGCACUGGAGACAUUGCUAUCUCCGACACUCAAAAACACUGUGUCCAUCUGCUGAGUCCAGACGGUGUGAGCAAAGUGGACCUCGGAGGAGACGAGCUCAGCUACCCUGUAGGAGUCGCGUUCGACAUCACGGAGAAAAACAUCAUCGUAGCUGACAGGGACAAUCAUCGCUUGCUCGUGUACAGCACCAAAACAGGAAAAUUGAUCAGAAAAACUGGUCGAAAGGGAAGUGGCGAAGGACAGUUUGAUGGGCCAUCGGGUAUCUGCGUGGACGGUGAAGGUCGUAUCAUCGUCGCUGAUUGGAACAAUCAUCGAAUCCAAGUUUUCUCCCCUGAUGGCCUUUUCCAGUUUAAAUUUGGAGAUAUGGUCAAGAAUAAAUUAAAGCAUCCAAGAGCCGUGACGUUUUGCAAUGUGCGAAAGCGAUUUGUCGUAUCGGAUACCGGAAAUAACGUUAUCAAAGUUUUCGGACCGAAAGGAAAAUUCUUGUAUAGUAUUGGAAAGCCAGGAGUCAAAAAAGGCGAGCUGUACAGUCCUCGUGGAAUCACCGUGGACAGACUAGACCGAAUAGUGGUUUGCGAUUUUGACAAUCAUCGCGUUCAGUUCUUCCGAUUCGAUGGCAUAUGCCUGAAUUCGUUCGGGUCUAAGGGCAAGUCACCAGGACAGUUCGAUCGCCCAAUGGGUGUCGCUCUCCUGAAUGAUGACCAAAUCGUUGUCAGUGAUUGGGGAAAUGAUCGAAUUCAAGUGUUCUCCACGGAUCCGCAAAUGAAAGUAACACUGCUUCAUGAAAAUAACAACGUGAAUCAUUGACUUUAAUGCUGUGACAUUUAAUUUUAACUGACUACGGAACGAUAAAGUCCAAUUGUUCUCUACAGAUCUGCUAAUCACUACAUCAAUAGAAAGUGAAAUUGCAUAAUUCGUGAUUUGAAUUUAUUGGAACAACUAACCUUAAACGAUUGACGGUGAAUAUUUCUUAUGUAACAUUUUCCUCUUGAAUGUAGAUACAGUCAACAACUUGACUAAUUUUGGAAAGUUACUAUUAGAGUAGCCUUCGGUUAGUUUUUUGAGUCUACUGGUUUCGUAACAACCGUAGACAGUAUCCCCAAAGCUCUGUAAGUCCGUAACGUAACAAUGCAAUAUUCGGAGAGUUUUCCUGACGUGUUCGAAUCUCCGGAGAGAUCUUCGGGUAGUUGGUGAUGGCGAUUGACAACAGUUGGCGAGGUUGUUGUGCCAAAUCAGUCAUCCUCGGUCAGUCAUCGGUAGUUUACGUGAUUCUCCGUCAGUUUUCGACUUACUAUCGACUGAAACGUCGAAGAUAUUAUAUGUAUUUUAUGAGGUGGCUUUGCUUCAAGUUUAUAAUAUACAACGAAGCUUUCACCAUAUAGACACAAAUUGGAAUAUAAUAUUAUUCGGUCUUUAGAAUACUCUCAAGCCAAGGCUUAGUUCGAAAUGUAUAUUUUUCUUCACCUGGUUUAACUUAAUUAACAUUUUAGGGUCAGGUGAAUCUAUUAAUUCUAAUGUACCCUUAGGGUUUAUUUCGUUUAGUAAUUAUCACCUAUGUUGUUUUCGUAGCCGUUGAUAUAGUAUGCGCCUUAUGUCUCCUUUACUCAGAAUUUACAAUUCAAGUUUUUAUUACGCCAUCAUUGACUGAAAAAAAAUACAAGGCGGGUAACUGCUAAAAUGAAAAAAAGUACUGAAGAUUUUCACCAUUAAGCGAUGGUUGAAAGACAGCUUGAACCCUUUGACUUCCAGAAGUGAUGAACAUGUAACCUCUUCCUAUGAUAUCCGUACAUUAUUAAAAACUGGAUCAUUGGAUAAUGCAA